GGACGGUGUGUCAUGGCAGCUUAAAAAUUAAUUCCGGAGUUUGACAAACUUUCUAACAUUUAAAAAGUUUAUAAAAAAUUAUUUUCGUGAAUAGAAAAUCGGUAUAAAAUAUACUUUUAUGUUGAUAUUUUAAUUGUCUUAUUUUCUGUGGUAUUUUAAUUUACAUUCCAAUUGUGUCGUGUGAAAAGUUUGUUUUUAAGAAUUGUUUUGAAUUGUGUUUAGAAACUUACACACGUUGUAUUGGAUUUGAGAACUACUACGCCCGUUAAACCGGUUUUUGAUUAAAAUGCUACCAAGAAAAAGAAGUAUGAAUACGUUUAUAUUGACGGUGUUUCUUCUUAUCAAGUACUCAGAACAGUACGGCUCGGGAGCACCUCCUAUGGCAUGUGUAGACCAGACGCCGCGUCACUCUGGUAUACCGGCUCAGUCUUCGGUACCCCCUUAUGCGAUUUAUACUUCAUCUCAAGUCCGGCAAGGUGAUGUCCUCAAUGUAACUAUCGGCAGCGCGUUAGGUGCACCUGUAACUAUAGGAGGAUUUAUAUUACAAGCCAGACAAGUUCAGAAUCCAGAUACGAUAGUGGGUACUUUCACAAAAGUUCCGAACACAGAAAUCACACAGAUAAUAAGCUGCCGAGGUUAUAACGACUCUGUAACACACACCAAUCCUGAAUCUAAGCCAGAGCUAACAUUUCAAUGGAAGGCACCUGAUGAUUACUUAGGAGGGAUAUUCUUUAGGGCAACUGUAGCACAGAACUAUGCGAUGUUCUGGAAGAACGUUGAAUCACCUGUGGUGGAAGUGGUGACUCGUGAUACUGUGAUCACCACCACACAACCACCCGUCACCACAACACCAGCAACAGCACCAGCUCCCACCACACAAACUAAUAGAAAAACAACAACAGCGAAACCCGAUAUAAUAUACCAAGGUUGCGAAGAUACUAAAUUGUGCUUCGGCGUGCCUCAGAAUUGUAUAAAAAGUGGCAACUGCAAAGCUAUAGUCGCUGUUUUUGUUGCUGGCGACACUUACACAUUCGAAAUACAAGGCACAGAUAAUCCUAAAUACGUCGCCGCAGGAUUGAGCACAGAUAAUAAAAUGGGUGACGACAGUGCCAUGGAAUGUAUACGAAAUGACAACGGCAGAGUGUCAUUAUUUACUUCUUGGACUUAUCCUAAAGCGGAACCUUAUGUACGAAGAUCGGAUUCUCCUCAAGAUAUUGUGCAAUUACUAGAAUCUUCUAUAAUAGAUGGAAAAUUGUACUGCAAGUUUAGAAGGGACACUGUCUCUACUGUAAUGGGACAGACAUUCGAUUUGGCGAAUAAUAAAUAUAAUUUGAUGGUUGUCUCCGGUGAUAGUAUGAAAGAGGCAGACCGCGUGGGUUUCCACUCCCUCGCAUUCGAGUCUACAGGCACUCCGCUCGCUCUGGCCACAGUGGGUGCUCCUGCUGCCGCCAGCAAGCUGCUCAUCAAGCUGCACGGCAGCUUCAUGCUGCUCGCCUGGCUGGGUAGUGCCUCCAUUGGUAUACUACUUGCUAGGUAUUUCAGACAAACAUGGGUAGGAAAACAAUUAGGCGGCAAAGACAUCUGGUUUGCUUACCACCGUAUCCUGAUGGUGUUGACGUGGCUGCUGACGAUGUUGGGCUUCAUCCUCAUCCUGGUGGAAGUGGGAGGCUGGUCUUCAGCGGGAGGCAACCCUCACGCCAUCACAGGCAUAAUCACUGUCAUACUAUGCUUUAUACAGCCGAUAGGUGCAUACUUCAGACCGCACCCUGGCACCAAGAAACGACCAAUUUUCAACUGGAUGCAUUGGUUCUUUGGUAACUCCGCCCAUAUACUCGGCAUUGUGACCAUAUUCCUCGCGGUAUAUCUACAAAAAGCUGAGCUACCGAUAUGGAGCGUGUACAUACUCGCUGCUUUCGUCGCUUUCCAUGUCAUCAUGCAUAUCAUACUAUCGUUGACUGUGUGCGUGUCGGAGGGACGCAUCAGCAACGGUCGAGUCAACUCAUUCCCCAUGAAGGAUAUGAUGGGUCAGCCCAGACAGCUCGCGCAUGUUGACCGCAGCACUGACGCACCGUUCUCCAGUUUCAGAAGACAAGUGCUAAGUAUCUAUGUACCAAUUAUUCUAAUAAUAGUAGUAGCUAUGAUCUGUUUGGUUGCUUUGGCCCCUAUCGCUGACACUUAUAAUAAUAUUGCCGGAGUUUGAUUUUGACUUUGAAUAUUUGACUGUAGAUAUAAAACAUUUUAAUUCAUGACACUUUAAAAAUCUUAGUGUGGGUUUCCACUGACGAAAUACUUGUAUUAUAUAAGAUUUUUUAUGGAGUUGAUUUUCAUAAAACAAAAACCUUACAAUUAGCGACGAUAUUUUUUUUAAUAAGAGUAAUUUGUUAUGCAAUUAUGCAUUCAGGCUUUAGGUAAGACAAUUUAUUUGCUAUCCUCUUUAUACGUUUUUAAUUUAAUCUCUAGGUAUAUAAACUUUACAUUUAAAAAGAGUCCUACAGAAAACAUAGUAUGAAAAAAAAGAAAAAGUUAAAGCCAAUAAGUAUGAAGUCAAUAUUAAUGAUUUUGUUACAUUUUUCAUUUAACAAUUUUUUUUAUGUCAAAUAAUUUUGGUACAUGCAUUGUAACAAGCUACAAAACGCAUGGACCAAAGAUUUGGUCACCAUUCGUUUAUGAUACAAAAUUCUUAGGGUUCCUCGAAAGAAAAAAAACGGAACUCUUAUAGGAUCACUUUGUUAUCCAUCCGUCUGUCAAGACACUUUUUCUCAGUCACGUGUGAAGGUAUCAAGCUGGAAUUUAUUUUUUAUUUGUACAAAAAUAAUUCUCAUUUAUUAUAAUUCGAGCUUAUUAUAGAUUCUAGUAAGUGCACAUUUUUUUUUAUUUAAGGAUACUUUGAAUUUUUCCCUAUUUAUCAUCAUCAGAGGCACUACAGCGGUGGGUGUACCUUGGCCUUGGCCUUUUGGCUUUUUGUUUCUAGCCAUUUACACUAUAGAAGAAGGAAAAGCAGCGGUAAUUUAGAAAAAAUUGUAAAAUUAAAAUUGAUCUUUCAUAUAUUAUAAUAAUGAAAUAAAAGGGACAAACAGAUAAUUUUUAGAAAAAAAAAACUAUGUCUAAAUACUAAUUGCUGAUAUAAUCUACAUGCAUUUUUCUUUAAACACUAAAAAUAUUUCAAAUAAUGGUUUUGGCAUUGUAUCACAUAUUCUGUGAUGUAAAAUCUGUUAUUUAUACAUUUUAUAUUAGUAUGUAAGUCGUUGAAACUUGAUAUUAUGUACUUUUAUUUAUUAUAUACACUUUUAUAGUAUGUAAGAAUCACAUAACUAAAAUCAUGGUACUAUCUUUUCAAUAUUAAAUUGAUGUAAAUAUAGAAUAAAUAAAAAAAUAACUAGA